GAUGGUAACUACCUUGAGAUAUUUUCAACAAACUUUAGUCAGUUUUUUAAAAGACAUACCCUCCGAACGGAGCUCACUCUUCGAAAAAUAUUCAAGUGAAAAUGCCAUUGUUCGGAGCGGAUUAUACCCAAACCUUAAUUAUUCUGGCCUAUUUUAUGGUAUUGUUAAUCUACUCGAUGCUUUCCCUAUGAUUAGUAGUGCACAGACUGCUAUCGCUGAGGCAAUACUUGAUACACUUAAAGCACUCUACUUCUUUUUGGAUAGAGAAUGUAUUGAACAACUUCCUCUAUUACUUGCUUCACAACUUGGCGUUUUUCCUUCCGAAGUUGACCGUCGACUUGUACAUUUACUAUGCGACUGUAUUUUUCCCUACUCUUUUGGGGAGGGAGUUAAUGGACGUGUUUCAGUCCCAGCUGUACUUAUCCUUGUUCUUCACCAUUCUGCCGAUAAUUCAUUACACACCCUAAUUAUUGAACGGCUGGCUUAUCGUCUGCCUGAUUUAUACUCAGAUUUGUUAACAGUAAUAGCUUCUGGAACAAGUGAAUCUCGUAUAGCAGCAGUUAACCUGCUUUUCCAUUAUUGGCCGUUGUUAUAUCCUGGAAUUAUGCUCAGACGGACAGUUCAAUAUCGAGUACAGGCUUGGGCAUCUCCACAAUGUCAGAAUACACACACUUGUCUCACUUUCGAACCUUCAAUCUGCGCAAAUUUGGGAGACUCUUCCCCUCCAAUGUUCAUUUGCCAUAAUUGCCAGGAAUCCGUCACUUCAUCAACUACAGAACCCUUGCAUUAUCUAAGUCAACCACUCCCUGUAACAAUAAGUACUACAUGCCAAAAUAAGGCAAUUUUAAUAUUGCAAGUCUUAACAGAAAAUCCAAUUUAG